CCCGCAACAUUGCCUCCUCACAGCAUCGUCCACGUCUCCUCCAGUCCAGUCCACAGCCCGCCCUGCCCACCAUGGACCAGGUUGUCGCGAGACGCACGCUCCAGGAGCUCAUAAAGCGCGAGGAGCUAGACAACAAGAAGUGUAUCGACUGCUCGAACCCAAAUCCACAAUGGGCUUCUCUCAGCUUCGCCGUCUUCUUGUGCCUCCAGUGCGCAGGCGUCCACAGAGGCUUCGGCGUUCAUGUCAGCUUCGUCCGGUCGGUCUCGAUGGACACAUGGCAUGAGGAGCAGAUAAAGCGAAUGCAGGUAUCUCGGUGGGAAUGCUCCCUUCAGGAGUUCAUGAAGACGUAUCCAACGAGCACAGGCGGAUACACGCAGGACAUGAACUCAUACGACACCUAUCACUCCUGGGCUGCUUCUCAAUACCGAGAGAAGCUGGACGCCGAGCUCGCCGGCAAACCGUGGGCACCGACAUCACCUCCAGAGGGUUUUGGAUCUCCUAACAAUACCACGAGCCCGCCGGGCCGUCCGUCGUCGGCACAGGGCCUCCGAAAAUCUCGCGCGUCUGCCCGUAAUAGCAUAGGUCGCUCAGCCUCCCCAGCAUCGUUCGGUAGUCGAAACUCGCCAGCUCCAAGUAGCCCGAUGACACCAUCCGCCUUUGAGGACCAGAAGGUUAGGAAUGAGUCCUAUUUCGCAAGUCUCGGCAAUGCGAACGCUUCUCGUCCGGAGGACCUGCCACCCUCUCAAGGGGGUCGUUACCAGGGCUUCGGCAGCACACCUGCACCUUCGUCGGAAUCUCAACAUCCCGCGUACGGCCUUUCCUCGCGCGCAGCACCUUCGCUCUCCGAGUUGCAGGAGAAUCCCGUGGCUGCCUUGAGCAAAGGAUGGUCACUGUUCUCUGCCGCUGUCGCAGGUGCGACCAAAGCCGUUUCGGAGAACGUCAUCCAGCCAGGCAUGGAGAGAGUCAGGGAUCCAGACUUCCAGCAGGGCGUCAAGGGCUACGUAUCUGAAGCGAGCAAGCGCGCGGCUGAGGCGGGACGUAGUGCGAACAUGUGGGGAAAGAGUACACUCGGAGUUGACGUCGCGGAGCAGGUUGGAGGCGUCGUAGGACUUUUCAACAACUACAACGCCGACCUGAAUCGUGGUCAUGGCAGCCUCGCGUCGCAGGUUUCGCCCAUAUCUCCUGCGAAGAAUGACGAAUGGGACGAGGAGUGGAAGGAUUUCUAAUGUGUUAGCGAUAUACCGGAUCUUAUUUAAUGUCUCGGGGAAGGAUGUGGGUAUAUACGGGUAGCACCGCAAUGCUGUACAUUGCGAUCGAUAUGGACGGCGAUAGAGCGACAUGGAAGUAUGCUGUGCUUGACUUGCAGCGAGGUGUAAUUUCUGGUCCUGUACCGAGUUCGAAGGCGGAGAACCACCGAGGCGGUGCAGCAGUGCUGCUGACCCUACCUGCUGGCAGCGUC